GAGGAUGAGAGCGGGCCCUGGGGAUCCCGGUGUGGGGUACGGGGUACGGCGGCUGCCUGGGGACCAAAACGUCUCCAAGGGAAAGUUGCAGCCUGAAGCGAUUUUUUGACCCCCGACACUUAAUGGGCUGCCGAAGACCCGGAUGUGUCUGGGACUGGCCGAGGAUGGAUAGAAUGACAGAAGAUGCUCUUCGCCUGAACCUGUUGAAGCGGAGCUUGGACCCAGCAGAUGAGCGAGAUGAUGUCCUGGCUAAACGACUCAAAAUGGAGGGUCAUGAGGCCAUGGAACGCCUGAAAAUGCUGGCACUCCUUAAACGGAAGGAUCUGGCGAAUCUUGAGGUGCCACAUGAGUUGCCCACCAAACAGGAUAGCAGUGGUGUCAAGGGCUAUGAAGAGAAGCUCAAUGGGAAUCUCAGGCCUCAUGGAGACAACAGGACUUCUGGAAGGCCUGGCAAAGAAAACAUCAGUGAUGAGCCUGUGGAUAUGAGUGCAAGGCGGAGUGAGCCAGACCGAGGAAGGCUGACUCCUUCCCCAGACAUCAUUGUUUUAUCUGAUAAUGAGGCUUCCAGCCCCCGCUCCAGUUCCCGAAUGGAAGAAAGACUCAAAGCAGCCAACCUAGAGAUGUUUAAGGGGAAAGGCAUGGAAGAACGGCAGCAGCUCAUCAAGCAGCUAAGGGAUGAGCUGCGAUUGGAAGAAGCCCGGCUGGUGCUAUUAAAGAAACUGAGGCAGAGCCAGCUACAGAAAGAGAACGUGGUCCAGAAGACCCCAGUUGUGCAGAAUGCAGCAUCCAUCGUUCAGCCGUCUCCUGCUCAUGGGGCACAGCAGGGUCUGUCGAAGCUUCCCUCCCGGCCAGGGGCCCAAGGGGUUGAACCACAGAGUCUGAGAACAUUACAGGGUCACAGUGUCAUCCGUUCAGCGACCAAUACCACCCUCCCACAUAUGUUGAUGUCUCAACGUGUUAUUGCACCAAACCCAACUCAGCUCCAGGGUCAGCGGGGCCCACCCAAGCCUGGCCUUGUACGCACCACAACACCCAACAUGAAUCCUGCCAUCAAUUACCAACCGUCGAGUUCUUCUGUUCCCUGCCAGCGCACAGCAUCCUCUGCCAUCUAUAUGAACCUUGCCUCCCACAUCCAGCCAGGAACCGUGAACAGAGUGUCCUCACCACUUCCUAGCCCCAGCGCCAUGACCGAUGCUGCCAACUCCCAGGCUGCAGCCAAAUUGGCUCUUCGCAAACAGCUGGAAAAGACACUCCUGGAGAUCCCACCCCCUAAACCUCCUGCUCCCUUGCUUCACUUCCUGCCUAGUGCAGCCAAUAGCGAGUUCAUCUACAUGGUGGGCUUGGAGGAAGUCGUACAGAGUGUCAUUGACAGCCAAGGCAAAAGCUGCGCCUCACUCCUGCGGGUCGAACCCUUUGUGUGUGCUCAGUGCCGCACAGACUUCACCCCCCACUGGAAGCAGGAAAAGAAUGGUAAGAUUCUGUGUGAGCAGUGUAUGACCUCCAACCAGAAGAAGGCUCUAAAGGCUGAACACACCAACCGGCUGAAAAAUGCUUUUGUUAAAGCCCUACAGCAGGAACAGGAAAUUGAACAGCGACUUCAGCAGCAGGCUGCCCUGUCCCCCACUGCGGCUCCAGCCGUGUCCAGUGUCAGUAAACAAGACACCAUAAUGAGACAUCAUACCCUUCGGCAGGCUCCACAGCCCCAGAGCAGCCUCCAGCGUGGCAUACCCACCUCUGCCCGUUCCAUGCUGUCCAACUUCGCACAGGCGCCCCAGCUGUCUGUGCCAGGUGGCCUCCUCGGGAUGCCAGGUGUCAAUAUUGCAUACUUGAACACCGGCAUUGGAGGACACAAAGCUCCCAGUUUGGCAGACCGACAGCGGGAGUACCUUUUAGACAUGAUCCCUCCCCGGUCUAUAGCGCAGUCCAUCAGCGGGCAGAAAUAACGCCUGUCCUCUUGUGCUGCCCCAGCCUCGAACCCUUUGCCCCCUCUCUCCCAUGGUCCCCAACUUCCGUCGCAUGCAGUGCCUGUACUGGUGCCUACCAUACACGGAAAACAAAACAGAGAAACAGAAGACAAACGUAGAAAUCAACAGGAGAACAUGCACCUGCCCCGCCACCCCCUUCUCUCACUGCUGCGAUCCUGCUGCUCUGGUCUUCUCUCCGGUUUCCAUUCACAGUGAGGUGCUCUUUACCUCUAUUAGAGGUCAGAGUGAGGUCCUGGGGAGACACCUAAGCCCCUGACGUGUGUUUCUAAAGUUUUUAUGCUAUAAUUAUUGUCAUUUUUAAUGAUGUUGUGUGUCCUCCCUUUGUUCAGUGGACAGUUAAGCCUUUUUAUUUUCCCUCAAUAUUUUUAUUUUUUUCUUUUGCCCUUUUUUUUUUUUAAACACAGAUGACAUUCAGAUAAACGACAGGAGCAUUGCUGGGCAGGGUGUCCUCGAGGGGACAUGACUGGGAGUGUUGGGGGCAGAAGUUUUUAAUGCACUUAACCUGGGGUCGGGGGAGGUAGCAUCAAACAAAGAGGACGUCAGCCCUGGGUGUCUCUGGUCUGGAAGGUCUGGGAGGCUGUGUUUUGUACAGAAGUUGGGCUCUAAGAAUGAGGGAAAGAGCCUGGAGGGAGAAGCUUUAAAAUGUAAACACCAUGGAACUGACCCACAGGGAACGGGGAGAGGGACAGGUUGACAAGGUUAGUGUUCAGCCAGGGUGGGACAGAGGCUGGUCUUGGCCUCCUGGAUGCUCUGCUGGUCCCAGUGAAGAUGGAAGUCUGUUCCAGGUCAACUAGCCCAAAAUUAUUUCAUCUUAUUUUCUUUGUAAAAUUCUGCCCCCCACCCCCCCCCGCCUUCAAUACUAAUCUCUGGGAAGCACAGCCCCAUCUGUCUCUCUGUCUGUAAUGCAGAGGCAUGGCUAUUCCCAGCCUGAGUUAGCCGGUGUCCUAGAGGUUGGACCAGGCAUGCUGAGUGAGACAGGAGGAAAGACAGAUUGUCCUUCCACCCUGAGUGCACGGAGGAGAGGCAAGGAGGCCUGCACUGCGAGUACCGCACCAGCUGCUCAGAGCCAGACAUCUCUCAUCAAAACCAGCUCUGGACCCCUCUGUGCAGAGUACUAGUUGUCUUCCCCUCCCCCCCAAACUAUUAAUUUUCCUCUUCUGUUGUUUUCAUCUUUUUCUUAAGCGCUACUAAUGUAGAGAAUGAACUGAAUUGUGCAAUGUUGCUGUUCUGGGGAUGGGAGGUUAACAUCCCACCUGCCCACACCCGAAGGCGGUGGGGGGCAAGGACCAGGCUGGUUUGGAGGUUAGGGAAGCCCCUUCAAGGCAGGGGUUUCGCUCACCUGCAUCUGCAGCUCUAGCAGGUGCCAGAGUGCCAAGAAGGGUUGCUCAGAGCCGAGAGAUGUGAAGAGGAGUUUGGCAUUUUGCCCUUGAAAGCCACCUGGAAAAGUUCCCCCACUUUUAUUUUUUAAAAUUAAAUAAUUUUUUUAAAGUAAGAAGGCACUUUUAAAAUUAACACACACACACACACACACAAACUGCACAUCUUCCCCGUAAAGUCUGGGGAUAGGGGGAGGUGGUGGAGGAGCUGGGAUCAGGCUCAGUCCCCUUCCCCAUACCCAGAGCCACUGCGGGUUACUCUACUGGCCCUACGGGCCUUCCUAGGUUUUUUUUCUUUCCUCCCUUCCCCCAAACUCAUUGAGCACUUAAUAAAGGAGCAGAGAUACAGCCUGUGUCUGGGCUCCCCAGUGGUGAAGUGAUCUGAAGCUAGAUGCUAGUAACAGAUAGUGAUGGGGCUGUUUGGAGUAUUUUUCAGGGGGAAUGUGGUACCCCUGACUGUAAGUGGUGGGAGAGGGAGGGGGGUUAUGAAACUGGGUCUGGGAUUAUUUUAAAAUUAUAUAUAUAUAUAAAGAUAUAUUCUUACAUCUUUUCUUUGCCCUCUGUGCUUUGAAAGCACUGGAUAAAUCGUUUGGUUUUGCUUUUCUCUCUUCCACGAAAUUGGAAGCUUUUUUUUUUUCCUUCCUCUACAAGUCAUCUUGCCUUGUGGCAUGUCUGUCAGCCUCUUUCGCCCCGCCCACCAUGAUGAAGUGCCAUUUCUGUUAUGUCUCCCCUCCCCCAGCUUUGGAGGUACCAGGUGCCCAAAUCUGUCACUUGAGAUUAAGCGUAAGGAACAGAGAAUGUGCAAUACCGUCUGGUUGGGGGCGAUCCCUGCCCUGAGCCGAGCCUCCUCCUUGGGAGCUAGGCCACCUUUGAAUGGGGUUUGGAAGUAGGCUGUGUAGACAGAGGAGUGAUGGGGAAGGAAUGCCCAGCCGAGUGCCUGCCAGGGUGCUGGGGCGAUGGAGGAGGAGGACAGAGGAGGACGGGCGGAGUGGGAGCCUCCCUCUUCGUUCCCUUGGGCUCAGUUGCGUAGAGGCUGCUUGUUGACUAGUGUAGCACCAUGACCCUUUGCUCAAUCGCUGAGGUUUGAUUUCUUACCCUUCCUCCCCAUUUUUCAUAUCCUUUCCUGGGAUUAGUGAUGGGGGUGAGUUUUCCUUAAUCAUGGUAAAGUAUUAGCCUUCCACCUCCUCCCUGCUCCCCACCCCCGUCCGUCUGUCUUCCUUAAUUCUCUAGUUUUUCAUCACCAAUCACCUUGUGUCCCUCCAGUCCCUGAGGAUGGCUGGGCCCAUAGACACUAACCCUCAUGCCUAAAGAUAGGAGGAACCUCGCUCUGUUCAGUUAGCCUCUCCCCUAGUGCUCUGAAGCUCGGGGACACGAAGGCCGAGGACACUGCUGGUUCUGCCCGGCUUCCUCCAUAUCCAGAGGCUCUGCAGGUGGUGGUUCGUGGACAGUGGCUUACUCCUGAGACACCUGAAUUGGGUAGAUGAGCAGGAAAGCUUUGGGAAAGCUGAGAAGCUGAGGGACAGAGGUCAUUUGUCUUUUUUUUUUUUUUUUUUUUUUUUUUCCAUUUCCUAUUUUUGUCAUUUGACCACAGCAUCUGGACUUUCUCCAUCCCCGGAAUAAGUAUUUUUCCACAUUUUUGGAUGUAUGUAUGGUAGACCAUUUUUUUUAAGACACAAAGAUAAAUGUUUUCCUGCUUUGGUUACCUUUCCUUUCCCCUUUAAAAGGACUUAGCUAUAGAGCCGCUUUGUAAAGAUGCUUCUUGGUAUUUUACUUUGUCCCUUUCCCAAGCACUCCCCCUUAACCCUCCUCUCCACACCCCACCCCACCUGGCCCUAGGCUCCCCUGCCCUCCAACAAGACUUUCAUUAGCUUAUGAUACUUGCUGCCGAGAUGUUAUAACAAGGACUCAUUCGUGUAUAUAAGCUAUUUCUUGAUCCAUUUAAAAGGAAUUGUACAUUGUGUAGAAAAAAAAAAAACUGAAAAAGAGAAAAAAAAGCCCUCGCCAUGGAUAUUGUGAAACUGUGUUAUGUCAUUUUGUAAUGUGCCCGUUUGUGUAUGAUCCGUGCAAAAGGGUUUCUGGGGAAGGGGUGGGGGUAGGGAGGCAGGGCUCUGGAGGGUGGGGCGGGGGAGUGGGCCGGGCCCAGCACACAGACUGGCAGCUGCUCCAACCCCAUCCCUCCUUAGAGAUGCCACCUCCCCCACCACCCACCCCUGAUUUGUGCCUUGCCUCCCCGCCCUGGAGUCGUCCUCCGGGUCACCAGCACUGCCUUGGCAGAGCCCACUCCCUACCCUAACCUGCCCCCCUCCCAGCCCCCCAGCAUUAGGUGGAUACUGUGGGGAAGUGCUGGGGGUCGGGAGGUAGCCGAGGAAUGGGGCAGUCCCCGGGGGCAUUGAAACCAAGUAUUAUUAUGAAUUGUAACUGUAUUUGCACUGUUUUUUUUCCUCUGAUUGCAUCAGCAUAUAUACAAUAUACCUAUAUAACAAAAUUCAGUGUCAAGCUUUCUUAUGCAAGGGAUUUACCCCACCCCACCCCAUAAAAAAGAACCUAGUUCCAUGGGUCUUUCCGAGUAGAUUAUCAAGGGAUGAUAGAAAAGAUUUUAACAAGUCAUCCUAAGAAAGCCUCACCUGCAGAGCCGCAUGCGUCUGCACACAGUUUUAGGCUUUGUAAAUUGGGGUGAGGUGGGCCAGCAUGAAAGCUAGGGCUCCUGGUCUGGGCUGUAGAGAAUGGAGCGCCAGGGCACACGGGUGGGGUGACAGCACCGUCCGGAGACCCUGGGGGGCUGGUCCUAGGCUUUCCCACUACCUUGCUAUGUGACCUUUGGUAGAGUUCAUUUCCCAGGUCUCGGUUUUCUUAUUUGUGAAGUGACAGGGGAGAUCAUCUGGCCACCAAGAGUGAGACUCUACCUAUGCUUCCUUCCUCACCUGCAAAACGACAAGGUGCGGAACUGAGGUGUCGAGGUGGCAGUGUGUGCAACUGCACCCUGCACAGCGGCCAGGCCCCUGCCACAACUUUGGUUUCAGGAAAGGCAGCAAGAGUGAUGUCUAGACAUCAGUAGACCUGUGACCCCGUUGCCCUCAGGCCCUUGGCCCCAUCACAAGCAGCCACAGAUAGGGCCCUCAGGGUGCAGGUCUAGUCACCUGCACCCCUGGUGAACUGCAGGAUGCAGAACUUGCCCAUCUUGGCGACCGCGUAGCAGAGUUCAGAUGCACCCCAUUUCUGGUCUCCUUCAGAACUCAUGGGAGCCCCUACAGGCGGCACCCCACAGCCCGGGCUGAGGCUCCCACACUCCAGGCUCCUGGCCCCGGGAAGCCCGGGGUGGAUCCUGGGGAGGAUCCAGGAAGGUGACUGAGGCCUGGUGAAGGUGGGGCAGAGUGGGGCGGGGCGGGGAGCAGGGCUGGGGCGGGAUGGGCCUCUCUGAAUGGGGGUGGGGGGGCAAGACCCUUUUGCACAGGCUCUAAGUUUCCUUUUUUUUAACUCAUUCUGAUUUUCUGCAUUGUGUUUGGAAAUUAAAAUGAAAAAACUAAGACCAACAGAAACUGGUUUUCAAAAAGGCAAAUACACUCCCAUCUGUUUCAGAUGCUGCUGAGCAUUUCAGCAGUAACAGAUUCAAAUAAUAAGCUAAUUUUUGGAGAAAGGAUUAAAAGAAAAAAACUUUGUAAUAUUUAUCACUUGCAAGCUAUGUUUAAUAAAGAAAGGAAUGGUUUCUAAA